AUGUCCGAAGCGGCGCCCAAAUUGACAAGCGGGGAAUUCAGCGAUGUGCCGUGUUGGUGCCUUCAUCCGUUUUUCGUCGCGUCUGUUGGGCUCAUGUCCAUAGCGUCGACUUCAACCUCAAAAGUCCUGCGGCCAGGCCCCGCGCCGUCUGCAUUCACCACUCUUCUUCACAAGUCUAAAUUCGCAUCGUACGACCCGUACAUCAAGCAGGUCUAUUCUGCACCACCUGCGUCGGCGCAUCGCGGGGACUAUGGUCUGAAACGGCCCAUCCCGCUGCGAAGGAAGAAUGCAUUUAUUACGGUAAAGUCAGUCGACUCACGUGCUCAGCAAACGGAGUGGAACCACGGAGAGAGCCAGGCGCGUUUUAUCAGGCGUUGGGAGGAACUUGGAGUACUUCCGAAGGCACGAGCCGGAGGGGACAAGGGAUGGGAGAGGACGUUGGGCCCAGAGGCGACGGAAUGGCUUGUUGACUCCGAACAUUGCGACUGGCAGGAAGUCAAGCAGCAGCCUGGCAAUUCUUCGCGAAAUCUUCUCGGCUCUACCAUGCCCACUUCACUGCUCGAUGGUAGAGGCUACACCAAGAAGCUUGAAGCCAAUAAGAAGGAAUCCGAUGCAAGAGAAGGUGGUCAUCUCGUUCCGAACCUCGACAGCAUGAAUCCGGCCGAAUUCAAGCGAUUCUUAAACAAGUGCCGGGAGUUACGACCGAAGUUCAUCGAAUAUCUUGCUUCAGUCACCGAAUUGAAGGGUAAAAGCCUAUAUGAUAUCUCCCAGAACACUGCGGCAGAUCAUCAUAGACAGUUCUUGCAGCGACACACGCGCGAGCUUUUCGGCUACUCAAGUUCCGACAAGUCCCAGCAACCCUCCUCACAGCUCCCCCGACCUCUCCCCAACUCGUGUCGAAUCGAACAGAAACCCCAUCCGACGGGCGCCCUGCUCUACUCACACCCAUCCAGGAUGACUAACUACUUCACGUCGCCUUCUCAACCUGGUCUUGUGGUUCAAGAGCUUUAUGUUGACAAGCGCAAGGCCCAGGGCAACGACUCUCUCUUAACGCCUGUCACAAGUGCUGGCGCUAUGUAUGGCCGCGGUUCUGUGAAUACGAAAGAAAACGCGUACUUCGCCAGCUUUGCUGGAAUGACUGCCAUCCUGAAGCGCAAGAACGCUGCUGGCAAGAAGCCCCUCCUCAACAUCAACAGUGAAGAGGGCAUAAACAUCAUCAAGCCCACUGCGCCGAAGCUCAGCGAAGAUGUCCCACUUCCCAUCGAGUACGAACAAGAAGACAUGGAAGAAGAGGAUGAAGCCGACGAUCUCGAGAUGCAAUAUGCACCUGAAGUCGAUCCAGAAGAUUCGAAGCACGAAGCACGCAUGCGCAUCAUCGACCACCCCACCCUCAACAUUGCACCCAAGGUUGUUGGCUACUCCCCCGAGGGUCUGAAGGGUGCCAACCUUUCAGUUGAGGUGAUUGUGGACGGCGAGGUUUCAGAUAUGGAUUCCCAGGGAACGGACUUCACCAGGGAGAACCCCUUCCAGCCUGGCUCGAGGGAAUACAUUACUGGUGGUCUAUAUGAUGGUCUGGAUGCCGAGCCGCCAAGAAACACGUCGAUGGGCACGGUUCCUCUUAGCAUCGCAUACAGCAAAAGUCGAUCAGACGGUGCCAUGUCAGAGUUGCUCAGACAGUCGAACAGCAUGACGGCAAAGUGGGGCGCGAAAGCUGCCUCCGGAGCAGAACCCAACCUAAUCGACACUUUGAGGGGUAUCACCAAUACGAGCGCUGAUGACGGGUACAGGAUUCCUACCGAGGACAGCGACGAAUGGGAGGGUUAG